UCGAAUACUUGUGUUUGGAUUUUCAAGUUGAUCAGGCACACAAUAAAUACAAAUUUUAGUAAGAAUCAUAAUUUAUACAGAUAAAUAUCAUUAAGAACACACAUAUAGAUAGUUAUAUACAGAGAGUUAAGUAAACUAAAAGAUUCAAGAUGUUUGCAUCGGAGCCGCUUCAAGAUUCGGAGGAUAAGAUCAUUGAGAGACUGGGCGAUUGUGAUGUGGCCGUUGAUUAUAUGGAUUUGUUAAGUCACAGAAUACGCUGUCGAAAGAUUGAGAUAUUUCACUAUGACGACGAAGUGAGCUUCACACCCAACGAUGAGGAGGAGGAGCAGGAAAUGAGCUACGGUCCAAUGUUCAGUGAGGAUCACACAGAUGAUGAGGAUCGAACGCUACAAUUGGUCAAGGAUUUGGACUGUUUAAUACGACGCAUCGAGCAAAUGCAGAUUGUGAUCAAGGAGCGCAAAAAGCAACAGGAUUUGGAAAGUGGAGUAACUGAAGCCUCCACCGAGCAGUUGAAAAAGCAGACGGAAAAACCUGUAGAGAAACAAAAGGACGAACAGAAAAAGCUCAAAGUUUCGGCAAAUGAUGAACUGAGUUGUGUGGAACUAAUGGAAGUUCGUGAUCUACAGCACGGACAUCAUCGUCUUCAAUGUGAAAUCAAUGAGAUGAUUUGCAAUUAUCGACUUUUACGUGAGCUGCUGAAGAAACUACGCGCUCAAAUGUGCCAGGAGAAUAGACGUUGUCGUCAAUUGGGCGCCCAAAUAGUGCAGUUCAAGGAGUGGAGUGAAGAGGUCGCCAAAGAGUUGCCCGUUUGCAAGGAGCGUUAUCAGCGUCUGCUCGACAAAAAGCUGACCAAAGAGGAGGCGGCUCGUGUCAUCAAGGCCAAUAUUGCCAAGGCCUAUAGACGCAGUAAGUCCUUCCUCUGUACGCGUCAAUUGCGCUUCGAUCUGCGUGAAUUUCAUGCGGAAAUCGAUGAGCUGACGGAAUAUGCUGAUGAUUUAUGCCAGGAGAUGAUGCGACGCUUUACAAGCAUCGAAAAUGAUUCGGCAUUGACACAUUCUCUCGUCGAGAGCAACUCCAGUCAGCUGAAGUCCUUGGAGAAGGAAGACAUGAGUUAAAAGUACAAAUUAUUUGGUUAAUUAAAGAAAAUUUAAUUAUGGGUA